AUGUUCUCACUAAUGUCUGUGUUCGUGCUGGGCGUGGCUGCUGCCGCUGCCAUUGAGCUGAGUCCCAUUUACCAUUCGCCGGCGACGCACAUUGUGAAGCCGCUGCUGAAGAGCGUCGAGUUGGAGGCGCCGGCCCACUAUGAUUUCAGCUACUCCGUGCACGAUGAGCACACCGGCGACAUCAAGAGCCAGACGGAGUCGCGCAAGGGCGAUCAGGUCCAGGGACAGUACACACUGAUCGAUGCCGAUGGUUAUCACCGGAUCGUGGAUUACACAUCGGAUGCCCAUAACGGUUUCAAUGCCGUCGUCCGCCGUGAGCCGCUGGGCCAAAAGAUCGUUAAGGCUGCACCGCUUGCCAAGAUUGUGUCUCCGUUGCCGCUGGCCUAUGCGCAACCCAAGCUCCUGGCUGCCCCUAAGCUGUCUUUGGGCCUGUACCACUAG